GAAGUAUAUAAACCUAGUGACCAAGUCAUUGGGAUAAGUACUAGCCCAGCAGUCGGUUAAUCAUAUUACAUUACGGAAGAUAUACUAUUCUUUUCAAAAAACAUCCAAAAACCAUGAAGUUCCUGGCUCUGAGUUUCGCCCUGAUUGCCGCCAUGGUGGCCUGCUCCUUGGCCCUUCCCGUAGAGCUGGAGAACAUCAACGAACCCCUGACACUCUGGGAGUUGGAGGCUCAGGAGCAGGAGCCACAGCUGGAUGAACUGGAGGGCGAAAGAGUGGCCCGAGGACUUGGAGGCUUUGGCGGACUGGGCGGCAAGUUCGGCGGACUUGGUGGCCUGAAAGGAUUCGGUGGUCUGGGCCAUGGAUUCGGCGGUGGCUUCGGUGGACACGGAUUCGGCGGUGGAUUCGGUGGUCUUGGCGGAUUCAAGAGCCUUUUCAACAAGAAGUUCUGAUAACCGUCCUAUCCCUAGCUUAAGAACUACGAAAUAAAGUACAAUAAUAGUUUUAGAAUUUUAAAA